CCCCGUGUGUCUCCCGUCAUCCGCAAAGGAGAUCUAAGAACCCAAAAACCCUAGAUUCCCACCACCCCUCUCGAUCUGUCUCCUCUCGCGCCAGAUUCGGCUAGAUCCGGAUCGCAAAUUCGGAGCCGAGGUGGAUUUCGGAUUGGUAGAUCGGAACCUUUGCCAUUCGAGCGAUCGGAUUCGGCCCCUUUUUUUGGAUCUCUCGCGGUUCCUUUGAUAGGUUUGGAGGUGCAACACUCGGGCCGCCCCAUAGGUUUUGCGAUGUCUCCGAGUUUUGGAAUUUGGAUUGACAAAUUUGUUGGUUUUCGGCUACAAAAUUCUGCGAAUUAGAUUAGUAGUAAGAAGAGUGUUGGCCUUUUGACUUCCGCUUUAGAGAUGGAUUUAUCUGCUGUCAGUGAGGAGCUGGCUCUUCUUGACGGGCAGAUCAACGAUAUUCUCAGAGCAUUGUCAAAUGGAUUCCAGAAAUUGGACAAGAUCAAAGACCCAAAUAGGCAAAGCAGGCAGUUGGAAGAGCUUACAGAAAAGAUGCGGGAAUGCAAAAGGCUUAUCAAAGAAUUUGAUAGAGAGGUGAAGGAAGAAGAGAGAAGAAAUUCUCCUGAUAUCAACAAAUUGCUGAAUGAUAAGAAACAGUCUAUGAUCAAAGAAUUGAAUUCAUAUGUAACUCUCAAGAAGCAGUAUGCAAGUAAUCUUGGAAAUAAACGCAUUGAGCUUUUUGACGCACAUGGUGGCGGAGAUGGGUUUGUUGAAGAAAAUGCUGUGUUGGCAUCAUCAAUGACCAAUCAACAACUAGUGGAUACUGGAAACAGGAUGAUGGAUGAAACAGACCAAGCUAUUGAACGGACAAAAAAGGUUGUAGAAGACACCAUCAAUGUCGGAGCAGAGACAGCAGCUGCUCUAAAAGCACAGACAGAACAAAUGAAUAGGAUUGUUAAUGAACUAGAUUCAAUCCAUUUUUCAAUCAAGAAGGCAUCUCAAAUGGUCAAGGAAAUUGGUAGACAGGUUGCUACUGACCGCUGUAUCAUGGCCUUGCUUUUCCUUAUUGUGCUUGGUGUGAUAGCAAUCAUUAUUGUGAAGAUUGUGAACCCGCACAACAAGGACAUUCGUGAUAUCCCUGGACUCGCUCCACCAGCCAACAGAAAACUGCUUUGGCUGAGACCUUUCAUUGUUGGUUCUAUGGUUCAUUUCUCAUGUAAGUUGGUUUUUUCGCCCUAAGAAAAAUCUGAAUUUCAAAUCGAGAUAUGCUGAAUCAAAAUGAGAACAUGUUUUCCAAAAAUUACAUGUUGAAUUUCAGUAUGAUCCUCAUCUUGGCGCUGGCAUGUUAUUUCUACCAUGAAUACUGUCCACAGCAAAUUAUCCCUAUCGAAAGGGACCAGAGUUACUGCUGAUAUGCCAUUGCUUGUAUUCAUAAAUUAUGUUGCCUCAACAUUCUCACCAUUUAAAAUGUAACCCAGAUCUGUAUAUUCCAACAAACGACAGGCAUUGCGUAUUUGCUUUUUAAGGAGUUUGUUUAUGUGGAAAAUGAAUAAAUUUAAUUAAAGUUACUUUGAACAAUCAGUCUUUCCGCGGCCU